AACCUUUGAGAAUAUCAGAUGGAAAGGAAGAAAAAUACCAUUCGGGACGGAAAGGGAAACUUGAAAAUUACGCGGAACGGUUACGCGCUCGUGCGCCACUGUGGCUUCGCUCGUGGCGGCGGCACAGCGACGUAAAUCGCGGGGAAGAGAGAGGAGGGGAGGGAUCGGGAUGCGCGAGUUUUGCCACUGAGUCCAAUCGUGUCAAAUCGUGCUUGUAUUCUUCCGCUGGCGCUGAGUUCUCGUCGCGUUUCAACGUCAACGUCAACGUCAGCCGAGGAUCGUUGUUGACGGGCAUCCGCGAGGGAACGUCGGUGCUGAUUAACGAUCGAUCGGCGAUAUUAGGCGCAAUUUCUAGAGCGAGUCGCGGUUUAACGUCGCGGCAGGUUUCACCGGGACUUCAUACGCGGGAACUAUUUCGAGGUAGAGGGGCGGCGUUGGCGGCCAUGAUGGGUGUCAGCGGCGAGUAGCGACGGUACUCGCUCUCCGUCAGUUGGUUUCGUGCUUCGACGAUUGAUGCCGAGCAUUCGAGGAUAAGAAAGGCGCUCGAUAAAGCGGGAAGCAGAGCACGUACGUGUAGACACGGUUCGAUACGCGGCCGCACGGCUCACCCCGCAGGCAAGGCAGCGGCUGAAAAUCUUGGCGAUCUCGCGAGUAUCACGGCAAAAUGACGCAGCUACUACCCAUAAGGUUCCAAGAACACCUACAGCUUACAGCUGUGGGAAUUAACGCCAGUAAUGUCAGCUUUAAUACGCUUACUAUGGAAUCCGAUAAAUUCAUUUGCGUUAGAGAGAAGGUUGGCGAUACCGCCCAAGUGGUCAUUAUCGAUAUGAAUGAUUCUGCCAAUCCUAUCAGGAGACCAAUAUCCGCUGAUUCCGCAAUUAUGAAUCCGGCUAGUAAAGUCAUCGCUCUGAAAGCUAUGAAGACGCUUCAGAUCUUCAACAUUGAAAUGAAGUCAAAGAUGAAAGCUCACACCAUGACGGAAGACGUGGUAUUCUGGAAGUGGAUAUCGUUAAACACACUGGCGUUAGUAACGGAAACCGCGGUGUACCAUUGGUCGAUGGAGGGUGACUCGACUCCGAAUAAGAUGUUUGAACGUCACUCGUCAUUGAACGGCUGUCAGAUCAUCAAUUACAGAACCGAUCCGAAGCAGACGUGGUUGUUGUUGAUCGGCAUUUCGGCGCAACAUAACAGAGUGGUCGGCGCUAUGCAGCUCUACUCCGUGGAACGGAAGUGCUCACAACCGAUAGAAGGACACGCGGCCUCCUUCGCGCAGUUCAAAAUGGAGGGAAACGCGGAGCCCAGCAAUCUGUUCUGCUUCGCCGUCAGAACGGUCCAGGGAGCGAAGCUCCACAUCAUCGAAGUAGGUCAACCACCCUCCGGCAAUCAUCCGUUCCCGAAAAAGGCGGUGGACGUGUUCUUCCCACCUGAAGCCGGAAAUGAUUUCCCCGUCGCCAUGCAAGUUAGCUCGAAAUACGACGUCAUAUAUUUAAUCACGAAAUACGGUUACAUACACAUGUACGAUAUCGAGUCCGCUACCUGUAUAUUUAUGAAUCGCAUCUCGGGGGAGACCAUCUUCGUCACUGCUCCGCACGAAGCCUCCGGUGGUAUAAUCGGAGUGAACCGAAAGGGCCAGGUUCUGUCGGUCUCCGUGGAUGAGGAAAACAUAAUCCCGUACAUCAAUGGCGUGCUGCAGAACUCGGAACUGGCACUGAGAAUGGCCGUGAGGAACAACUUGUCGGGGGCCGAGGACUUGUUCGUGAGAAAGUUCAAUAUGCUCUUCCAGAACGGUCAAUACGCGGAGGCAGCGAAGGUCGCAGCCAAUGCUCCCAAAGGAAUACUCAGAACACCCGCGACUAUACAACGAUUCCAAAAGGUACCAGCCACCCAAGGGCAAACGUCUCCUCUUCUGCAGUACUUCGGCAUUCUUCUGGAUCAGGGACAGUUGAACAAGUACGAGUCUUUGGAACUGUGCCGACCAGUGCUGGUCCAAGGACGUAAGCAGCUACUGGAGAAAUGGCUGAAAGAAGACAAGCUGGAAUGCAGCGAGGAAUUGGGCGAUCUGGUGAAGCAAGCAGAUCCUACGUUAGCGCUUAGCGUUUACUUGAGAGCCAACGUGCCCAACAAAGUUAUCCAAUGCUUCGCGGAGACUGGCCAAUUCCAGAAGAUCGUUCUCUACGCGAAGAAAGUCUCGUAUACACCCGACUAUAUAUUCCUCUUGCGCAACGUUAUGAGGAUCAAUCCCGAUCAAGGUGUGGCGUUCGCGCAGAUGCUGGUUCAAGACGACGAGCCGUUGGCCGACAUUAAUCAGAUUGUCGAUAUAUUUAUGGAGCAGAACAUGGUGCAACAGUGUACGGCGUUCUUGCUAGACGCGCUUAAAAACAACCGGCCGAGCGAGGGUGCUUUGCAGACUCGUCUCUUGGAGAUGAACCUGAUGUCCGCUCCACAGGUAGCUGACGCUAUACUGGGCAAUCAAAUGUUUACUCAUUACGACCGAGCCCACGUGGCGCAGCUGUGCGAGAAGGCUGGCUUGUUACAGCGCGCUCUCGAGCACUACACGGAUCUGUACGACAUCAAAAGAGCAGUGGUGCACACGCAUUUGCUCUCGCCUGACUGGCUGGUGAGCUUCUUCGGCACUUUGUCCGUGGAGGACUCCCUUGAGUGUCUCAAGGCUAUGCUGACGGCCAACAUAAGACAGAAUCUUCAAAUCUGCAUACAGAUCGCGACUAAGUAUCACGAGCAAUUGACAACUAAAGCACUGAUAGAUCUGUUUGAGAGCUUCAAGUCCUAUGAGGGUCUGUUCUACUUCCUGGGCUCUAUCGUAAAUUUCAGUCAAGAUCAGGAGGUACAUUUCAAGUAUAUCCAGGCGGCAUGCAAGACCGGCCAGAUCAAGGAAGUGGAGCGUAUAUGCCGUGAGAGCAACUGCUACAAUCCAGAACGCGUGAAGAAUUUCCUGAAAGAAGCGAAGCUGUCGGACCAGUUGCCGUUGAUAAUUGUGUGCGACCGAUUCGAUUUCGUUCACGACCUCGUCCUGUACCUUUAUCGCAAUAACUUGCAGAAAUACAUUGAGAUAUACGUCCAGAAAGUAAAUCCGUCACGUCUACCGGUUGUCGUGGGCGGUCUGCUAGAUGUCGAUUGCUCAGAGGAUAUUAUUAAGAAUCUGAUACUCGUAGUGCGCGGACAAUUCUCCACCGACGAACUGGUUGAGGAGGUUGAGAAGAGAAACCGUUUGAAGCUGCUGCUGCCAUGGCUGGAGUCGCGCGUUCACGAGGGUUGCGUGGAGCCCGCCACGCACAACGCAUUAGCCAAAAUCUAUAUCGACAGCAACAACAAUCCGGAAAGAUUCCUCAAGGAGAAUCAAUUCUACGACAGCAGAGUCGUCGGCAAGUAUUGCGAGAAGCGCGAUCCACAUUUGGCCUGUAUCGCGUACGAGCGUGGCCAGUGCGACCGCGAACUGAUAAGCGUAUGCAACGAGAACAGUCUGUUCAAGAGCGAAGCGAGAUACUUGGUGAGACGUCGAGAUCCAGAUCUAUGGGCGGAAGUGCUCUUGGAGAGCAAUCCGUACAAGCGACCGUUGAUCGAUCAAGUUGUUCAAACGGCAUUGUCCGAGACACAGGAUCCCGAGGACAUAUCGGUUACUGUCAAAGCCUUCAUGACAGCCGAUCUGCCGAACGAACUGAUCGAACUUCUCGAGAAGAUAGUGCUGGACAGCAGUGUGUUCAGCGAUCAUCGCAACUUGCAGAAUCUCUUGAUACUAACGGCCAUCAAGGCUGACCGUACGCGCGUCAUGGAAUACAUCAAUCGCUUGGAUAAUUACGAUGCUCCGGAUAUCGCCAACAUCGCCAUUAACAAUGAGCUUUACGAGGAAGCCUUCGCCAUCUUCAAGAAGUUCGACGUCAACACUUCGGCUAUUCAGGUCCUGAUCGAGCAAGUCGGCAAUUUGGAUAGAGCCUACGAAUUUGCAGAAAGAUGCAACGAGCCACCGGUAUGGUCGCAACUCGCCAGAGCUCAACUGCAGCAGGGCCUGGUCAAGGAAUCCAUUGACAGCUUCAUUAAAGCGGACGAUCCAUCGGCGUACAUGGAUGUCGUAGAAACUGCACACCGGACUUCGCACUGGGAGGACUUGGUCCGCUAUCUUCAGAUGGCUCGUAAGAAGGCACGCGAGUCCUUCAUCGAGAGUGAGUUGAUAUACGCGUACGCGCGGACCAACAGACUCGCGGAUCUCGAGGAGUUCAUAUCCGGUCCUAAUCACGCCGACAUACAAAAGAUUGGCGACAGGUGUUUCGAUGAUAAAAUGUACGAUGCCGCAAAACUCCUCUACAACAAUGUAUCGAACUUUGCACGGUUGGCUAUAACGCUGGUCCACCUGAAAGAAUUUCAAGGUGCCGUCGAUAGCGCGCGCAAGGCCAACUCGACGCGCACUUGGAAGGAGGUCUGUUUCGCCUGCGUGGAUAGCGGCGAGUUCCGAUUGGCCCAAAUGUGCGGCCUGCACAUAGUCGUGCACGCAGACGAGCUCGAAGACCUGAUCAAUUACUACCAAGAUCGCGGGCACUUCGAAGAGCUCAUCAAUCUUCUGGAAGCUGCUUUGGGUCUUGAACGGGCUCACAUGGGAAUGUUCACCGAGCUGGCUAUUCUGUACAGCAAAUACAAGCCGCAACGGAUGAGGGAACAUCUGGAACUCUUCUGGUCGCGCGUUAAUAUACCGAAGGUUCUACGUGCAGCAGAACAAGCGCACUUGUGGGCUGAAUUGGUGUUCCUGUACGACAAGUACGAAGAAUACGACAACGCGGUCCUCGCGAUGAUGCAACAUCCAACGGAGGCUUGGCGAGAGGGCCACUUUAAGGACGUAAUCACUAAAGUCGCGAAUGUUGAGCUUUACUAUAAGGCUAUCCAAUUUUACGUGGAGUAUAAACCUCUUCUCCUGAACGAUAUCUUGCUCGUGCUUGCUCCGCGUAUGGAUCAUACUCGGUCGGUAGCGUAUUUCACGAGAACUGGCCACCUGCAACUGGUGAAACCGUACUUGAGAUCGGUCCAGGCGCUCAACAACAAGGCCAUCAAUGAGGCACUGAAUGGCUUGUUGAUCGACGAAGAGGACUACCAGGGUCUCCGGACGUCGAUCGAUGCGUUUGAUAAUUUUGAUAAUAUCGCGUUAGCGCAGCAACUCGAGAAGCACGAGUUGAUCGAGUUCAGAAGGAUCGCCGCGUACCUGUACAAGGGAAAUAAUAGAUGGAAGCAAUCCGUGGAGCUUUGCAAAAAAGAUCGACUAUUCAGGGAUGCUAUGGAAUACGCGGCGGAAUCGCGAAAUGCAGAAGUCGCCGAGGAGUUACUCGAGUGGUUUUUGGAGAGAGGAUCGAAGGACUGCUUCGCAGCAUGUCUGUUUCAUUGUUACGACUUGCUCCAUCCGGACGUCAUUUUGGAACUCUCAUGGAGACAUCGCAUCUUACACUUCGCAAUGCCGUACCUCAUACAAGUCGCGCGGGAAUACAUUACGAAGGUCGAUAAGCUAGAGGAGGCCGAAAGCCGACGCAUCGAAGAAACUGAUCAUCAAGAACACAAGCCUAUGAUUAUGCCGGAACCUCAGCUGAUGUUGACCGCAGGACCAGGAAUGAUGGCACCGGGUUACGCACCUCAGAACGUAUACGGUACACCUGCGCAAGUGUAUGCGUCCACCGCAACCUACCAAGGUUACGGUAUGUGAAAUACAUUUAACGGGACAGAUCAACAAAAUCUACUUUUCUAUAAAGUUUAGGUAGAACGAGAUUGUUUGGCUAGCUUAAUAUACCGUCAACGCGAAUGGAUAUAUCAUUUUAAGCGAGGAGUCGUCAUCGUUUAGCUCAUGGUUAUAGUGUAACAAACGACGAAAUGUGUGUGCAUUAUUAGGCGAGAGCUAUCACAUGCUACGCUAAAUGUGAACUUGUAAUUUAUAGAAAAAACGUUACUGAGCAAACCAUUAGAUUUCACCAUUUAGCUCUCUUUAAUAUAUGAACUUCGUAAAGCCGAUAUUAUUUAAAACUUCAAAAGAAGAGAGUAACAUUCUUAUUUUCAAAUUCCGCGGUGCUGAAAUUUUUUAUUGUGAAUUUAAUUUUCGUUACACAGCAGUAAAAAGAUAACACACACACACACACACACAUAUAUACACAUAUAUAAUACAAAUUAUAUAAGCAGAGUAUGAUUUUUGCUGUUUUUUACUCGCACAUGUGUAUGUGCGUCUACGUGCCUUUCUUUUGGCUCCUGAAAAGAAACAGAUUUAUUUCGGCAAUCUUGAAUUCAGAAGCGAAAUCCAAUCGUACGUUUGUAAAACGUCAUUCUAGUAUAAAUUGCACGAUGCUUUUUUUAGAAAUAUUUUCCAUUUGGUUUAUAUGGCUUAACGUACGCAAAAAUCAAGUGCAUUUAACUUUAAAGAAAUUUCUUUUCAUUUUCGUAAAACAGUGGCAUAAUAUAACAAAUAUAAAGUUUCGAGAAAUUCUGGCGCAUGAUGAGUCACGCUGAAAAAAAUAAAGUAAAAUAAAGUCCUCGCAAAAUUAAAGCGUAAUAAGAGCAUCGAGUAGAUCGGGCAUCGUUACAUAUUAAUUUGUAACGACGAAUCCCUCAAGGACAGGAGAAAAUCUGUAUGUAGACGUUUCGAAAUACGUUCGCGCGUAUCUGUAGCACAUAUACAUUCUAGAUCUACCUGUGUGUAUAUUUGCUUGAACAUACAUACAUGUUCGCAAUUAGUUUUGAUUUGCGUAUAAAUGACCGAUCCGUAAAAUAAAUAAUUCUAGAUAUUGCAAUUGAUAGCAAGAUCUUAUUGUCUUGUCAAUAUAUUGAAAUAUAAACAGUAGAUUGAGUUCUUGACCGCUCUUCAUACAUGUAUCAUGCUUUUGACCUUUUCUUAUCCAUUAUAUAAGGAGACAGACAGUUGCAAAUAGAGAACUCGAGAGGAAUAUAUGAGAAUAUUUAAGGAUUUGAAUAAGUAUAUAGAGCACGAUUUAUCGCAUCGUUCAUAACCGUACGAGGUUUUUGGUAAUGUUUUUCUACUCGUUUCAAUUCCACAUAAUGUGUGUGCAUAGUACCUUACUUGAAGUUAUUGAUCGUUAAUCAUUAGAUGAUAUUGUUACGAACUAUGCCUAAAUUAUGCAAGUAUUAAAUAAAGUAGAUCGCAAUAUUUCUAGAAGACGUGUGAUGACAAAGUCAUGUUGUUGGACACUUGUGUUUUUUUCAAAUAUUUAUGUUGCGCGUGUACAAAGUGCUGCAUCAAUCGACG